AUGGGUCAUCGCUCGCUCACACAACCACCGGAAAGCUUGGACAUCGCAGAAGGGGCGGUCGACGGGGAACUGAACGAGACGUUGAGGGAGCUUGUAGGCAAGAAGACCCCCAUCCAUGCCCUCCCUCUCGAAGUGCUUCACCAAGUCUUCAGCUACGUCUACGCUGCCUCCCAUCCCUUCCCUUCCCACUUCAGUGCCGGCAUCCCUCCGGACGGCUUCGUCCCCCGCGCGAAAAUAGCCCACAAAGCAUGGACCGCUCUUCUAGCCGUAUGCAGUCUUUGGCGGAGAUUCAUAUGCUCAUCAGGCGAGUACUGGCGCUGCAUCCACAUCUACUCUUCCCGCCCCAACUGGCUCAAGCUCUGCCUCUCGCGCGCGGAGCCGACCGGUCCCUGUCUCGACGUCUACUUCCACGGCAUCAGCGCCGAUCCCAACGCACCCUCGACUCUCCUGCGCGUUCUUCGUGAACACGCCCAGUGCCUACGAAUCUUGUCGCACGACGAGAUGGGCAAGACGUGGUCGGGCGCGCUUCAUGCGUUUUUAUCCAGCCAACCUCCCCUCCGCGUUCUUGCCCUCUCCUGUCCACGAUGGCUCACCCCGGUCGGAUUCAACGUCCCCGCGUUCGGGAUCCCCUCCUUUGAGAUCCCCUCCUUCCUCCCCCUGCACAUUCUCGUCCUUCGCAACGUCGAUCCAACCGUGGACCAGUCUCUAUAUGCGCGAUCGGAGCACUUGGACCUUUCCGCGGUCCCAUGGACGUCCGACUGGGAUCAUCUCCACAGGAUGUUAUCGAAGUGCACCAAACUAGUCACACUGUCCCUUCGCUCGUGCAUUAGCCACUUUGAUUCCUUCCCUCCCCCUCCCGGCCUGCAGACGGUCACCCUUCCACGCCUCCUCAAGCUUCGUCUCGAUCAGCGAGCGAAUAUGCACAUGCGGCUUUUAUCUUUCCUCCACCUCCCAAGCAUCGCGCGCGUGCACUUUACGGAGCAACUCAACGGCGACAACCGCAAUUAUUCCUCUAUGAUCUCCACCGUCCCUACACGUUCGCUCCCCUCCAUCUUCCCGUUCCUGCAAGCCACCGUCGCCAUCAAACUCUCCACUGACGACUCGGAAUCUGUCUAUACCCUCAAGGCGUACCUCUGCGCUCCCACGGACUCCGACGACGACAACGCCUGUGCCCUUGUGCUCGCCACGUAUGUAGCACGGCAUUCCGCCGCGGGCUACCUCCGCGACGCCGCGCGCGUCCUCCCCACCGAGCACGUCACCAUCGUCCACCUUUCCCUCGGGUUCCAGGAGACGGCCUCGAAGGACUUCUUCCCCCUCUUCACCGGCUUUGUGCACCUCACCGACCUGCGCCUCUCAGGCCAUCUCCAUAUCGUCAUUGGGGCCCCGUGCAGAGGCCACGACAGCUUGAUCAUACAGGUGGUCGCCGUGGUUACGCAUCGCAAGCACCAUGGCACACCCCUCCAGACGCUCAAGAUGACUAUGGCGUUCAAGGACGAAAGGGCAUUCCGCGCGGCGGAGAAGAAGUAUCUGCAUUUAUUUCAGAAGUCGGUCCUUGAAACGCCUCCUCAGGACCACUUCUUGAUCUCUGGUCUCGUAUUUGCGUACUACGGCUGCCAAACCAAACGCUUUGACGAGAACGCCCUGGCCACCAAGUUCUUCGUUAUACUUUCGGCGGAGCUUGACCUGCUUACUACGUCCUACGGCGUCAUUCGGACACCCAAACGUAUCAGGUUGCCAAAGUCCUUCCAGCUCGUCUUCAUCACCUUCUCGGACAUGCUCGGGCUAGCACGACUUGUCUCUGGCCUCGUCGUGGAAACGCUUGUGGGCCUGGCGACGUGCUACUCCGAUCACCCAACAUACGUGUGCGGCUUCGAGCCGUUUGAGUUCGCGGACCCGGCAAGUGGACACUGGGAACUAGAAGACCGGGGCAACAUCGACUUUGGCGGCGAGGAAGACCACCUGAAGACCGUUACCAUCCUGGCUGCUGCCUAUCAGCUGGUCAUAUCUGGUCGACGCCGGAGUCAAUCGCAGGAAGUCCCCCGUUCAGCAAAGCUCUUCGUCAUGGAUUCUUCUGUAACACAGGAGCGCGUCUCAAGCCGCAUACCAGGCAACGAGCGGACGAGUGUUCUACGAACAGCCACGGCUCGUAUUGUAAGCUGCCAGGACCUGAUUAUCAUGAUCAUGGACCAUCUCUACCACGCUGGUGCAGAAGACGCAGUCUCGGAGUUCCACGAUACUUGGAGUUCGGCAAACCGAGCUCUAGCCGCGGCAGCACGGUCAUGCAAGGUCCUCAGCGCUGUCGCUCUCGCUAGGUUAUGGCGUCAUAUCUACAGCAUAAACCAGCUCUUCAAGGUUUUCCCUACAUUCACGCUGGAUACAAGAUACAAACAGGUUCUGCCAGCCAACCCGUCAGACGAGGAAUGGGCUCGCUUCGAGCUCUAUGCCAGACUCAUUCGUCGUCUCGACGAUUUCCAUCUCGAUGACAUGGCGGAGACGUCCUUCUUUUACCGUUACAGCCGUGACAAUCUCAUCCUUCCUCAUCUUGUUCAUCUAGGGUCGAUCGAUAUCCAGUCACCUUCCCCCUUUCCACUCGCCUUGAUUUCACCGACCUUGGAAUACGUGGGGCUUCGAUGUGGACGCGCUCCCAAAUCCGGAGAAGUUUGCAACCUUCUACUGAACACAAUCACAAGCCUCGCGAUCGAUGCACCGAAUCUUUCGACGUUGGACAUCCGCGAUUGGUUCGAGUUCUCCGACGAUCCAGUAGCCCAACUCGCCCCUAUCCGAAACCUCAAGUCACUCCGCACCCUCAUGACCAUGGGUCCCGUCGAUCUGGCGUUGACUCUCACACUCUGUGUGGAGUUACCUUCUCUGCGUCAUCUCGACCUAGCAGAGGCCCUGUUCUUGGCCGAAAUCGACUACGGGCAAUUUAGCGAACGGUUCCACAACCUGAAUGUCCUUAAGAUCGGGUUUCGCUGCGCCAAAUCGGAAGUUCUGGGUCGCUUUUUGCACGAAGCUUCCCCUCCUCUUCGUUCCCUAUCAUUGUGCAUCAUCGACCCAUGGAAUGCCACCAGUCCAUCCUCUUAUUCCUCUUAUCGACAACUCCCCCAUUCCACUGGGGCCCUAGCAUCCGUAUCGAGCACGGUUGAAUCAUUAACCGUGCGGUUCGGUCUCGAAGAUACAUACUAUAGUCUCGACGACAACGAACACCCGUCGCUCGACUUUUGCGUCAUUGAACCCGCGCUUGCGCUGAAUCGUCUCACCACAGUCGACAUUCAUUUCACUCCACUCAUCCUACUCGACGACGCCUCCGUUGGAACGAUGACCUCCGCGUGGCCGCUCCUUCGCAUUCUUCGCAUACGACAAGGGCACGGGGAACUGGACUACUUGCCAAUCACCCCGGACCCACCGGACACACGGACUCGUCCCACAUUCCCCUCUCUCGUCGCCUUGAGACACGUCGCCGCGCACUGCCCACGUCUGGAGGAGUUCGAAUUUGCCUCAAACUUGGAGCUCGCAAAUCUCCCUCCUUCCUCCGCCAGCCUGCCCGGUCCCGUCGGGCAUCGCCUCCCGUACCUCGAUCUCAAGCUUCUCCGAGACUGCGACGAGUUCUGGGACACGGCCCCGUGCGAGCGUGUGUUCGUGGCGCUGUACGUGGACAGGUUGUUCCCGUGCCUGCGUCUGCCGUCCGUUUUCGAAUGGGAUGGAAUCGACGAGGAUAGGCCGUCCCGGCGAGGCUUGGCCUCCGUUGUAGACUCCCAUCUCACCCACACGCUCGCCGUGUUGCAAGCUGGGAGGAAGAACUUCGUGGAGGCAGCUGGGACCAUGGCCUCGCGAUGA